CCCACACUCACAUCACACCCACAGUGACCGACAUAGGAAUCUCAACCUGCCGCAAGUCCGUCCGGAUCCAGAGCUCUCAAAGGGCAGCGGGGAAACAUGGAGGCACAUGGCACCAUCCGGGCACCUGGGCACCUGGGGCGUGUGCGAUCCUAUCAUGUUGCGUCCAUUCACAAUGCCAUGAAGAUCCAGGGUGUGCGUCGAGGGAAAGAGAGAUCCCAGUUGUACACUACGGUGACGGCCUGCUUUGUAGUGUAUAGUCCCUUUUGUAUAUAACAUUCUUCGAGGAACCUCUUGCUCCGGCUGUCCCCCUUCUUCUUCUCUCAUUGUAAUUGUCAUCAAACUACCUACAAGUUUGGAUCUGCCUGUUACAUACUUUUUAUCCUCUUGAUCCUCUCCGUAUUGUUGAUUCCAGUGUUUUCAUCAUCAUCGUCAUCAUCAUCAGCACAACAGGCAAAGAUGGCUUCUCACAGAUUCGACCCCAACUUCACCCAGAAUGUCAUUGACGGCAUGGGCCCCAACACCACUCCCCGCAACCGUCAGGUUCUUGGUGCUCUGAUCCGUCACAUCCACGACUUCGCUCGCGAGGUUGAGCUCACCAUGGACGAGUGGAUGGCUGGUGUCAAGUACAUUAAUGAGGUCGGCCGCGUCUACAGCGAGUCUGGCCAGACCCGUAACGAGGCCCACCGUCUCUCCGACAUCUUGGGUCUUGAAACCCUUGUUGAUGAGAUCGCCCACAAGAUUGUCGUCGAGGAGGGUCUUGAGCCCACCUCGUCCUCGAUUCUCGGGCCCUUCUGGUCCCCCAACGCCCCCUUCCGCGAGAACGGUGGCUCCAUCAUCCAGGACGGUGUCCCUCCCAAGGGCCGCGUGACCAAGAUGCACGGUGUCAUCCGCGACAUCACCACGGGCAAGCCCAUUCCCAACGCCGUGUUCGACAUCUGGCAAGCCUCCGCCAACGGCAAGUACGACUUCCAGGACCCUCAGAACCAGACGCCCAACAACCUGCGCGGCAAGUUCAAGGCCAACGAGAAGGGCGAGUACUGGUUCUACUGCCUCCACCCGACUGCUUACAGUCUGCCCACCGACGGCCCCUCGUAUGCCCUCCUCCAGCUCAUGGACCGCCACCCCAUGCGUCCCGCUCACAUCCACAUCAUGGUUACCCAUCCCGAGUACCAGGGCUGCACUACUCAGCUCUACCCCAGCGACGACCCCUGGAUCACCAACGACACCGUCUUCGCUGUUAAGGAUGAUCUCGUUGUGACCUUCAAGCCUAUUGAGGGUGACGAGAAGGCCGUUCUUGAGCUCGAGUACAACGUCAACCUUGCUCCCAAGGGCUUCAAGGGCAAGGUCUAAGCAAUGUCUUUUGGCUUGGCUUGGUUGAUCGUUGAUGAAGAAGAGAGAAAAAAAAGAAUCCCUUUUUCUUGCUUUGUACAAUUUAUACCCGCACAUAUUAUCAUUGGAGGCGCGUGUUCACAAAACGAUAGGGAACUGGCUUUUGUAUAACCGCGGUGCUUUUUUUCGGUUGGGUUUGGUAGCAUUGGAUUUUGUAUAUGGCACUUUAGGCAUGCAUGGAGGAUGUAUGAUGAGAGAGGAAACGGCGGCUGUAAGCUAGCUAGCUACCUGUUCAGCGUUGACUUUGUGGAUGAAUGAGAUGAUGACUUGAAACUAUA